GUUGUAACACGCGAGGGACCAGCCCAUGUCGGGCGCAGGCAGUCACGGUGGAGGGAGGGAGGGUAGCACCACUAUUUAAUUAUUUUGGCCCGGUAGUGGCGGGAUCGGUCUUUUCUUUUUGCAUUUUUUGGUAUAGACGGCUAGCUGCAGCUGCCCUCCUCCUCCGCACCCACCCCCGCCCCCAGUUCCAUCACACCCUCAUUCUACCAGCCGCCAGGACGAUCCAGCCUGGAGAUCCUCGGUUAGUGUUAAGCGGGCUUUACAGAACUGCCUCCCCUCAGUCUAACUGCGUUUCUCCCGACCCGCAGUGCCAGUAACCCAACGGCACCGACAAGCCAGUCUACUGGCCCGGACGGGCGACUGGGAAUGGUCCUGGAAUGAAUACCUCCUUGCAGUACCUGCUGCAUCAUGUCUUCCAGAAAGACAGGGGAUACAGAUGAGGUGUUUGAUUUCAAGGAUGUGAUUCCAGAGACCGAAAGACUGGAUAGCAGUUUGCAAAAAGCACGGGCCCAGCUAUCAGUCAGGGUCCGGCGGCAACGACCUUCCAGAUCCCGCUUGCGAGACAGCAUCAGCUCUACUGAGGGUGAGGACAGCCUGGAGAGAAAGGCCUCAGAGAAUCAUGGAAGUCCACUGCAAAGCAUGAGGUCUCCAUUGCACUGCUCUCUCCGUGCAUCAUCUCCUUCAUCAGAUUCAGUCUUGUCUUCUUCUUCUCCGUUGCUAAGAGGAACUGCCUUCUCCUUUGACACCUCCAUUGUAAGGCGGACACUAGAGGAGGGGGAACAGGUCUCUUCACCAGUGGCACGUUACCAGCCUUUAACCAAUGCGUCUUCCCAGGAAGCCCUAGGUUCUUCUCCCACAAGCUCUCCAUCCAAAUCCUGCCAGAGUUCAGACAGUUCUCCAGUGUACGUCAGGCGAGAGAGGAGGAUGGGCAGACAUAGUGAAGAUGAAUGUCGGGACAGUGGGCCGGGGGAGGCAGGGAGCCCAACACUUGGUUUAGAUAAGAAGACAAAACGGAAAUUUUUGGACCUUGGAGUCACGCUAAGAAGGACAUCCAAGGGAAGGAAAGGAGAGAAGGCUUCCAACAGAUUGUCCAUGGGCAGCAGGGAGUCUUCUGAAGGUUCUGUCAGGUCCUCACCAUUUGUGCCUUUCUCCUGGUUCACAGACAGCAGUAAGGGUUCAACAUCUUCUGGUAGCCCGGCUUCACCUAGUUGCUCACCCAAAACAGCAUCAGAGGGUUUCAGUCCCCGGAAGUCUGCCUCCCAGGAUUCCACAUUAAGUGAUGACUGUAGCCCAAGGAGUUCCAGCCCCAAAAUGCAGAGCAAAUCUACAGCAGACACAAGGCCUUCAUACCCAUACCAUACACUCUCUCAGUCUUCUGAUGAGUUCUUAGAUGAGCCUACCUCUCUUGUUUCUACAUGGACGAAUCAGCAAGUUAUCCAGUGGUUAGGGGGGCUGAGCAUGGACCAGUAUAUCCCAGAAUUCACUACAAACAAUAUUGACGGUCAGCAACUUCUACAGAUGGAUGGAGGGAAACUGAAGUCUCUUGGCGUCACCAACUCACAAGACAGAGCGCUGAUGAAGAAGAAGCUGAAAGAACUGAGUGCUGUGGUUGAAAAGGAAAGGAAAGCGCAGGAGAAGAUGGAGAAGCAGAGGGAGAAACAGAAAAGAAAAGAGCAGGAGCAGGUCCAGAAGAAAAGCUAGGAAUCGCAAACCGUGAAAUGUGAUCUCAAAGUAUGCAAGUCUGAGGACGGAAGCAGGUGGAGAGCAUAGGUGCAUGGGGUAUCUUUGGCCCUGAGGCAACAGGACAAUGCAUGAACUUCAGUCACAUAAGAAGAGGCCUAUAUGAAGGCCAGGUGAUUUUGAUUUUUUGAAACCCUUGGAUGUUUAAAAAGACAGGGAUGUGCCCUCCUGUAGGCAUCUCCUGAUUGAGCCAGUUCAUUGGAUCAUUUCAUUCAGUGUCGGCCACAGUAUAAUGUUCUUCAAGAUCUGGUCUGUUUUUCUGCUGACUUUAGGGUUUGCAUUUGCUCUGGAGAAUAAAAGCCAGUUGCAUCUCCUUUGUUUCCUAAAAAUAGCAGCUUUCUACUUUUGAAGCUGGUUUCUAAAAACAAACUAGUUCUGGUCGAGAUGAUCCAGUGAGCAGUUUUGUAGUCAUCUAACAGAGUGGUUUUGUGGUAAAAGGAAAUCUCUUAACUGGACUGACUGGCACAUUACAUAGAACUGGAUCCACUGAUACUUGCCAGAGGACUAGAUCUAUUGUUCUUGUGCAUAUAAGUAGCUGAGGUAGUAGAUGGCAGAGAAGUAAGUUAAAAUGUGUGAUUUAGUGUGGGUCCAGAAGUACUUGGCAUGAAACUAGGUAAGAAUAUGUCGGAGCUGCUAAAUGAAAAACACAACUGAAUCCAGGUAGAAGUGUCCCUUGAUCUCCAAAAACUGAAACAGUAAGACUUUAUCAUAAAACUGGUACUACUGAUAACCCUUGCAGUUUUAAACUAGAUCUAUAAUACUUUAUUCUCAUACUGAACUGUCUCUAACAGUCCAGCAGGCUGCCCUGCUCCAACCUAAAACCCAGUUAGACUGGGCAUGUCACCCAUCACAUUCCAGAAACAAUGUUUUCAGAAUUCCACCGAUAUUUAUUCACCCACUGUUGCAUGGCAGUUAAUACUCCAGAUUUCAGCUACAGAGAGAUCAUCAUUCUUCCUACCUUCAAAUCUGAGUCAUGCCCAAUCGUGUGUCCAGGCAAAGGAUACCUAUGUACACAGUACAUGUGGCCAAAACUGGCCAUAGGGAAGAAGCAGUACAUGUCCAAGCACUGGGUAUGAGGUCAGUGACACAAAUUCCACAAUGUAAAUCUGUUAAUUGUGAGCCUGUUUUACAAGUGGUAUUGCUCUCCUGUGUGCACACUGCCUAAUAUCACAGCAUGUUAUAAAUCUAGGCACCUUGAUUUCUUUCCAGCUAUAAAUCUUCAUUGUGAAUGGUACUGCAACACUUUUCCACCUGUGCUCACCUUGGAUCUUUCUGCUGUCCUGUUUGUAAAAAGUUUAGAGGCAAUUGCAAUCACUGCUGUCGUCUGACAUACCACAGGCAUAGCUGAAGAGAAGGAAAGAAGUGAGAUGUGAAAAAUAAACUGUGAUGUUGUCUCUCACAACAUAGAUAUUUUAGUCAGGGUGAGGUUGGUCACAGAAUUUGGUGGGAGGGUUGAAAUAUACAGGUUUAAGACAACUAAGAAGUAUUAUAACGUUCUCUAAAGAGUUCAAGAAACCAACUUGACUGGCAUAAAAGCACAAUUCUGAUCCUUGGUGUAGAUGCUGUGUCCUUUCAAAGUCUGAAACAUUGCUGAUUAUACAACCUAACAUCAAGAUUUCCCCAAUAAAAAGUAAAGACUA